GCGUGACGCGCGACAAGUAGAAGCAACCCCAUACGUGUGGUGUAAAGUCGUACAAGUAUGUUCGUCCGGUCUCACGUAAACGUUCUGUGUUGUAUCCUGCUCGGAGAUCAUGAUUCACAAACGUAGGGACAAACUCGCAGAACGAAUGUGCGCGCGCGUGUGAUGGUAGAAAUAAAACGAUAGUAGCAGCACUGUUGUUCGCUGGUGGUAGUAACCGUGCCGAUGAAGGCAGUAGUGGUGGUGGCGGUUGAGAUAAGUGCGGGGGACUGAAUGCACAUCAGCGGAUGUUGUGUCCCACGAAACAGUUUCUCGUGGUGCACGUUGCAGAGGAUAUGUGGUAUAGUUUAAGGUGCCGAGGGUUGUACGAUUGACACAAUGUUAAAGGAUUAUUCGCCGAUCACGCAGGCGCUCCUAGGAACGUUAUUUACGUGGGCUCUCACUGCAGCGGGUGCCGCACUCGUCAUCGUAAUUCGUGGAAAACAACGUAAACUGUUGGAUGUCAGCCUAGGAUUCGCGGCAGGCGUAAUGGUAGCGGCAAGUUAUUGGUCUCUACUGGCACCUGCCAUCGAAAUGGCCGCAAAAAGCAACGUUUACGGAUCAGAAGGCGAAUACGCGUUCGUACCGGUUGGAGUUGGAUUUCUCGUAGGCGCGGCUUUCGUUUACGGGACGGACGCGUUGAUAUCUUCCCUCGGCAUUCAGUCCCCCAAUGUGCUUUUAGCUAUGCAGUCAGUCGGUACGAAACAAAGACGCAAGAUCCUUGCAAAACUAAAGAGUGACGAGGACUUAGACGAUUAUGAUCAGUAUAACGACGUACAGUUAUCCGAUGGAAAAAUGUAUACACAAAUUGAGUCGACCACCAUAGAUGGUUUUUACGAACAAAAUAGCAGAAGGCGUCAAAUCGCAAGGAUAAACAGACCAGAAGAGCAAGGAGAAGUCGGGGCAGUUUACGAGGAUCCUAACAAUGAAUGCAAAAAUAAUCAGUGGAGAAGAGUAUUGUUGCUAGUCGUUGCUAUUACGGUGCACAACAUUCCAGAGGGGCUUGCAGUUGGAGUCGGAUUCGCGGCAGUAGGCAGUAGUGCAUCAGCAACUUUUGAAAAUGCAAGGAAUCUCGCGAUCGGCAUCGGCAUUCAAAAUUUUCCCGAAGGAUUGGCGGUGUCUCUGCCGCUUCGAUCGGCGGGGAUCAGCACGUUGAAGAGCUUCUGGUACGGUCAACUGUCAGGUAUGGUGGAACCACUGGCAGGCGUGCUUGGCGCAGCCGGAGUGACGCUCGCCGAACCUAUGCUGCCUUACGCGCUAGCCUUCGCAGCCGGUGCAAUGAUCUACGUGGUGAUCGACGACAUCAUCCCGGAAGCGCAUCAAAGUGGAAACAGUAAACUCGCCAGCUGGGCCGCCAUCGUUGGGUUCCUGAUAAUGAUGUCCUUAGACGUCGGAUUAGGGUAAAAAUCGUUUGUCGCGCGCGAAAUUAGAGAGAACUCGCGAUGGAGACGGAACUCGAUUCCUCUCCUAUUCACUUCAAGUAUUACGCGAGAAUGUUGAUUUCCUCUUCGUGACUCCGUCGGUCGCAAAAUUCCUGAUCACUUUUUUCUCGCGUCACUUUAGCUGUAUUAGAUAAAUUUGUCGUUUCGCUGGCACCGAGAUUUUAAAGCUAGCGUCACGCGCACAGUCAAUCUCGAAUAACCCGCCGGUCAGAUCCAUCGAGACACCUUACUUCCAUGAAUCUAGUCCCCCGUUGGUCAGUUUACAAAAGUCAAUUCAGAAAUCAAUCAGGCGACGAAAGGACCUCGUUCGUGGCAUCGAACUUCCACUGUCUCAGGGAAAUAAACAAAUUGCUUCUCACGGAUUUUCUUCUCGUUCGACGGUAAUCUCGCGAAGCUUGCUUCGUUGACACAGGAAACGCAAGUGAAAUCGACGAAAAGCUUGCGACACGUUUGCCAAUGUUCGUUCGAGAAGGCGAACGUAAAGAAUCGGUGCGGUUCCCUGCCACGUUGCGCAAGAUUCCCUCUACACUAUUUUCUUUUGAACGAGCUUUCUCACGGAUAGCAGGAACGUCGCAAUCUCGAUGCGUGUUUCGCACGACACGCGUGUAGCCGUCUCGAGUACACCGAGUACACGGCUACGUAAUCGUCGUUUCCAAAAAGCAUUCACCCAUUCGUGGACCUGGGUGUAUCGAUGCAUUACCUUUCCGUUUAGACGCGUAAGUUUUACAAACUGCCAUCUUGCCGCAUUGCCUUUCUUUUCAUUUUCUUAUCUACUUAACGGAACACUCGUCUGUCGUUCCAACGAAACACGCAUCGAUGUCUCGUGCGGUUCUUCGUUCUGAACGAUUACUCGUAAGAUACCAGGAGCAAGGUUUCCUUCUGACAAAUCUUCGGAUAGAUUUAAGGAAUUCACGCGUUAGUAUUACACGUAGAAAAAUUAGAGGAACUAGAUAAGCGUUUCGAGAGCAAAGUAGCCUUCGUCCGUGAUCUCGAUCGAAACGUCGUCGUCGUCGUUUCUAUUCGAGAGAUUUGGGUUUGUUAACCAAGUGUAAAGUGCACUGUAUCGCGAGAACAUAUCCACGAUCGUGAAGCGAGAGGUUUUUCAAGUCGAUCGGUGUUCGAUUCGAAUCAAUUUGCCUUACGAGCAAGUGAAACGUGCGAAACUUUCCUCUGUUAAUUCUGAUACAUUAUGUGUAUAAGAAGCAAUAAAAAGCAAAGUACGAACGAA